GAAGGGGCGGGGCGCGGCGCUGGCGGUGGCGGUGAGCGCGGUUGGCGCGCUCGGGGCCUGCUGGCGUGCACCUUGCAUCUUCCUGCUUGGUCCCGGUCCCAGCCCGGGCUGCUGCUCCUGGCCCUGCCCCUAGAAGUAUGUCCGAGGGAGUGGAUCUGAUUGACAUCUACGCCGAGGAGGAGUUCAACCAGGACUCGGAGUUCAGUAAUGCUGAUCAGAUGGAUCUCUACGACGACGUCUUAGCAGCCAGCUCGCAGCCCGGCGAGAGCCGCCCCAGCGCCUCGGAGCCGCCUCCCGAGAUCCGGCAGGAGCCUUCUCCCAAGCCCAACGCCAAGCCCCCUGCCAUCCUCUACACCUACAGCGGCCUGCGCAACAAGAGGGCUGCCGUCUACGUGGGCAGCUUCUCCUGGUGGACAACUGACCAGCAGCUGAUCCAGACCAUCCGCUCGGUUGGUGUCUAUGAUGUUGUGGAGCUGAAAUUUGCAGAGAACAGAGCCAAUGGCCAGUCAAAAGGGUAUGCAGAGGUGGUGGUGGCCUCUGAAAACUCAGUCCACAAACUUCUGGAGCUGCUCCCUGGCAAAAUCCUGAACGGGGACAAGGUGGAGGUGAGACUGGCAACACGGCAGAACCUGUCGCAGUUCGAGGCUCAGGCUCGCAAACGUGUGCCCCCGAGGGCCCACUCCCGAGACUCGGUGGACGCCGUGGACGGCCGUGCCACGCCGACAGAGAACGCCCUGCCCCCCGCCCGCCUGGACAAACCCCCCUCGGUCCUGCCCUUCUUCAACCGCCCCCCCGCUGCCCUGCCCCUCAUGGGGCUGCCCCCCCCACCCAUGCCACCCCCACCGCCCCUUUCCUCCGGCUUCGGUGUGCCCCCGCCUCCGCCUGGCAUCCACUACCAGCAUCUCAUGCCCCCACCCCCUCGACUGCCUCCUCACCUGGCUGUGCCCCCCCCGGGGGCCGUCCCACCAGCCCUGCACCUCAAUCCUGCCUUCUUCCCCCCACCCAACACGGCUAUGGGUCCUCCACCGGACACCUACGGCAAGGCCAUGGCCCCCUACAACCACAGCAGCCGGGAGCUUGCCCCCCCAGCCCCCGCAGUCAGCGAGGGGGAGUUUGAGGAGAUCAUGAACAGGAACCGCGCCAUCUCCAGCAGCGCCAUCUCCAAGGCAGUGUCCGGCGCCAGCGCAGGUGAUUACAGCGAUGCCAUCGAGACCCUGCUGACAGCCAUCGCUGUCAUCAAGCAGUCGCGCGUGGCCAACGACGAGCGGUGCCGCGUCCUCCUCUCGUCCCUCAAAGACUGCCUGCAUGGCAUCGAAGCCAAGUCCUACAGCACCAGUGCCAGCAGCAGCUCCUCCAGGAAACGACACCGCUCCCGGGAGCGCUCCCCGAGCCGGUCCCGUGAGAGCAGCCGGCGGCACCGGGAGCUGCUGCACAGCGAGGACCGGCACGAGGACUACUUCCAGGAGAGGAACCGGGAGCACGAGCGGCACCGCGACAGGGACAGAGAGCGGGACCGGCACCACUGAGGCAGCAGCUCAGCACCGAGUGGUUUUUAAUGGACUGGUAUCUCCUCACCUCGACCAGAACUCCGUGACCGAGGCUGUUCCACUCUCCUCCCUACCUUCACCUCCUCCCCCAGCAACUCCCAGCUCUCUCCAGCAGGAUUCCCACCCACACCUCGGUGGCCUUUGCCCUCUGCUGCCCAGGGCCACCCUCCGUGGACAUUCGGACCCAAAGACAAAUGGUGCUUGGAUUUCUCUUUUUUAUCUCCAUGGAGGGAGGUUUGUCAAACCCCUUCUCCUCUUCUGGGGUGGAGGGGCUUGGCUGGAGGGGGGUGGACCCCUUCCUAUCUUUGGAGGUGCCUGGAGGCAGCACUGGGGAGGUGUCUCCUGCCACAUCCCACCAUCCGGGGAUGCUCCUGUCCCCGGGUGUGGUCGAUCCCUCCCACAGGCCCGUUUUUGGCUCUCCCCUCACCCUCUCUGCUCUGCCCGGGAGCAGCACGGUGGGAAGGAGAGAGGGGACUGGAGCCGAGUUGUGGGGGGCUGUCACCCCCUUGCUUUAUCCCAGCAUUCCCCACCUGCUGUCACCACCCCAGAAGCCCCCAGACCAGCUGUGGAACCAGCCUCUCCCUGAGCACCUUCCUUGUUUUAGAGGAAGUGGAGGAGACAGGGCAAGGCUGUGCCCCCCCCCUCCCCACCCUCCCACUCCCCAAUUCAGCUGCCCCACAAGUGCUGGGAUGGGGGGGAGGGGGUGCUGGGGAGGGGUCUUACCCUCUCCCAACUUAUGUCCUAGUGGUGGGGACAUAGUGUGGGGGUGACCCACGCUUAAGUGGAGGGCUCACCACGAGUCCUUCCAGCAGAGAAGGGGAGAGCCCAGGCCGGUUGAGGCGAGCUGAGGCGACACAAAAUGACAUCCAGAGUGGGUGGGGAGGACAUCACCCUCUGAACUGAUGCUGGACAGGUGAAACCCACCUCUGGAAGGUCUUUUUUAGGUUGAAAUAACAAAAUAAUAACAAAACAAAAAAAAACCCAAACCAACCCCUCCAAAACGUGAGAAAGAAGAGGGGGGGGGG